GUUUUACCUCGUCUGUCGUGUAUCGUGAGCUGAGCUCUCCCCUCCCCUCUCCCUCGGGUCCCUCUUUUCCUCUCCCCCUCGCUCUCUCAUUCUCGGUUGGCUCUCUCCUCACCGCGGCAGCGCGUUCCGAUCAUGGUCAACUUGUUGCUUUUCCUGCGCUAUGUGGCUUUUGCUGUAUUUAUUAUCUGCAAUGCGAUCAUCGCGAGUGUAGCUGUAUGGAACCUCAGCCUCGCACGGACGGUGGACUUCGGUAGCGUCGCUCAAGUAGACACCUACCUCAUCUUCGUCGCCGCGUCUGGUCUCGUACUAGCCUUUACGAUUGUCUUCACUCAACUUGCCAUACCCAACGCUGUCUUCGGUCGCGUGUUCAGCGAGUGUAUCUGGGUGGCCCUUUACUGGAUCAUGGAGCUUGCGGGAGCCGCUGCCAUCUCCGCUUUGGGCCGCACAAUGUGCGACAGCGACGACCUUCGCCUCACGAAUCAAUCGUCCACCAUCGUCCAUGACAGCUGCGCGUCCAGCCAGGUCCUCAUGGGCUUCUCUUGGAUAUGCGCCCUCACGCUGAUGAUGUAUCUGGUUGCUCUGGUCACCACCACUGUCUCCCACUACAAUGAAGACCCGCAAGCUUGGCAUUGCAAGAUCAGGGACUACCCGUGGGCCUCGAGCGAGAGCUCGCACAACGGUUCCAGCCGCGCCCCUACCCCAAGCUCGAUCGAGAAGGCUACCCUCUCCGUCCCCACGACACAGUCACGCCACCUGCGCCCCCUCAUUUCGGUCCUCAACCGCUCCAACACCGCUACCUCCAGCCCCGAGUCAAUCAUUCACCCAUUCCCCCUCCCUGCGACCUCGCAGAAGCCCGUACCAGCCGCUCCGGCGCAGCGCGCACCGAACGGCACCCGAGAGACCCACAACCGACAGCCCAGCAAUAACUCUUAUUACUCGCGCCCGGUGCAGGCCUCCAUGCCGCGCGCGUCGCUCCAGAUGCCCUCGUAUCACAACCCGAACCGCCCACCGUCACCGCCGCGCGACUGGCGGUCGGAGACAUCAUCCCAGCAGCAAAGGAGGACACCGUCGCCUCCUGCUGUUGGUGCGGGCUCCGCUGCAUCGUCGACGGCCUCCAGGGGGUCGCGGCGUGUCCCCGGACACCGCCCGCCACCAUUGGACCUGUCCAAGAUCAGCGCGUUCCGCCAGAGGUAACGUCUGUUCAGUGUGCGCCGGCCGCUCCUGACGUUCGUGACUCGCUCUCUUGUGUAUACUAUACAUUAGCUGUUGUACAGGUUAAUGACUACCUACGAUCUAGUAACUGGUUACGAUGUGGCUUUGAUAGUUCACGAAUUCAUUGCAUGGAUCCACGA